AUGGAGAACAUUGAAGAUCCCGCCAAAAUCCAACACCACAUAAGGCAUAUACUCACCAAAAGAUUAACUCAUGCUCUUAUCCAGACCUAUAACAAGAAGCUGGAGCUUCUCAGAAGGUGCUCCUUCUACAUCAAGAUCAUACAAGUGGAUCACUCUCAGCAUGACCAUAACCAUGCCUCCUCCUCAACAGUUAUGGCACUCAUCGACUUUUGGAGGUUCCAGCGGAUGAAGAUGAUAGGCAACAACCAAGUAAAGAUCCAGCUGGCCCUUCUGGAAGAGCUCCUCAACAGUCUCAGUAGGGGCCAUGAAAAGCUACAAGCCAUCUCGGACCAAAAGGGGCUUGAUGAAGGCACAAUUGAAGAAGGCACAAUUAAGAAGAAAAUAUCCAAGCUUCUGCAGGAGGCUGCUGAGUUUAAAGAUGUGCUUGUGCCUCGAAGGCUGCAUCUCAAGCAUCACCUUAUCUCAGAGGUCAGUAGCACCAGAGUUCCAGAGAUUCAGCUGGCCCUGAGUAUCAAGAUGCCAGUGAGAUUUGAUAAAACCAUGUGCGCUGCAGCUUCAGAUCUUUUACACUGGGAUAUUAUUGAGCAGGAGCAGCAUGAGCCAGGAGAGCAAUUCAAGAUCUGCUAUAAGCUUUUCCAUCCAACCACUGAAGCAGAAGGCAACCUGAUGGCCAAAAUAACAUGUGCAAGCUAUUGCCUCAGGAUCGACAAUCUGAUGAUGGACAUGUUUUAUGAAUUUACUGUGAAGAGAGUGGACACAUGCUUGUUGGUGUAUAGUCUUUGGAUUGAUGCCAUCACCUCGAAAACUGUCCUCGUGACAAUCGGGAGUAGCGAGUAG